AUGAAGAUCUCUUCUAAGUCUAUCGUUAGUCCUGGUCGUGCCAGGGAACCUUCUCAAAUCUCGCUUUCUAACUCUCUUAGUAGAAGAUUGAGAACUAAUGGUAGCAUGAAAGGUGGCCAAGCUUCUCCGAUGUUCCAUACCAAUGGCAAGAAACGUGGCUGUUCCUUUGAAAAUCCUGAACCUUCUUCUCCAAAGGUUACCUGCAUUGGUCAGGUCAGGGUCAAGACCAAGAAACAGGGCAGGAAACUCAGGACAAGAUCUCAGUCUCAGAGAAGAGGUGAGGUAAGUUUUAGAAGAGUAGACCAAACCAAUAGCAGCAAUGCUAACAAUCUUGAACCUAGUACCCAUCAUGAUUUUGCCCACAAUGUAAACAAUCAGUUUCUCAAUCAGCAGCAGCAACAGGAGUGCUUGCCGCACAGGAAUCAGAGAUGGGUACAUUUGCCUUUGACCAUAUGCGAAGCUUUAAGGGCCUUCGGUGCUGAAUUUAAUUGCUUUCUACCCUGCCGCUCCUCCUGUGCGGCAAGCGAGAAAGAAAAGGAGGAGAAGGCUGCAGGAUCGAGCAAUGGAAGCUCUUGUGGGGCCGCGGUAGCGCGGUGGCUGGUGGCGGUGCAAGAGGGAGAAGGAAAGGGAAGAGAGAUAGAGUUGGUGGUUGGGGAAGAUGAAGAAGAAGACAGGGAAGAGAGGACAGAGAGGAGGAGGAGCUACAUGAGGCAUGUUUUUGAGGAGAUUGAUUUCAAGGAAGAGAAACAUGGAGAAGGAAAUGAGGGUAUGCAAGAAGAGGAAGCAAGGUUGAGUAUUUGCAUCCCACCAAAGAAUGCUUUGUUGUUGAUGAGGUGCAGAUCUGACCCUGUGAGAAUGGCGGCGCUUGCUAAUAAAUUUUGGGAACCACCUGUUCCAAAUGAUGAGGAUGAUGAAGACGGUGAAGAUGAUAUAAAUGAGGAAGAAGGAAAAGAUAAUAUAGAGGUUGGAGCAGGUAGUGAUGAAGAGGGGCAAAGACCAGUACUUGAGCAAGAAAUGAAGCAUGAAGAGAAUUUGAUGAAUGAGAACCGGGUUUCUUGUGAAACCGUUGAAGAGCAUCAAAUGCAAGCACAUGAAGCAAUUCUAGUUGUUUUGGAAGGAAAAGAUGGAGAAGAUUGCCAAGAAACCAGCAUAGAUAUUGAUGAUGUGGAGGAAGGGAAUUUAGGGAAGCAAGAAGAGCAAACAGAAAUUCAAGUGAACCAGCGGCAAGAAAUUCUAUUGGAUGGUCCUGCUCCUUCACAAGAAGAAACUGAAGAUCCAGAAAACAUUAAGGAUAACGACAAUGAAGAGGAGUUGCUCCAAGAAAGUGAACAUAACAAAGAGCAUGGGCUCAUCAGAGCAGAAGAAAAUGAGCAAGAAAGAUAUCUCAAUGAUGGUAGUGUGUCCAUACAUCAAGAACAAGAAUCUGAAGAAGCUGGCCGAGAUUUACUAGAAGAAGACCAAGAAGAAUCAAAACCAGCGGAGACUGCUCUAGCAUUAGCAGAAGAAUUUGCAAUACAAGAAACACAGGAAAAGAAAGAUUCAACCUUCAUGCGAGAUGAAGAAAGAAGAGAAGGAGAAGAAACAGUGUGCCGUGAAAGAUCCGAAACGGUCGACCCGAUAACCCAGGAGGGUAAAAUGGAAUUGGGGUCAAAGGAGAGAGAAAGUCAGCCAAUUUUACCAGAUUGCUUGCUGUUAAUGAUGCGUGAGCCCAAGCUGUCAAUGGAGGUAUCCAAGGAGACCUGGGUCUGCAGUACGGAUUUCAUCAGAUGGCUACCAGAGCAAUCAAGGCCCGUCAAGAAAGUAGACGGUGGAGAUGAGCCGAAGAAAAGAACCAGCAUUGACAUUAAUCAUCCGCCAGUGCACAAUAACUUGCAGCAGCCACCUAGGUCUUCAUGUUCAUAUCCGGCUAAGCCGCCGGCUCGAGCGGCUGGCGCAGAGUCUAUGUCCACAGCGAUUGAGCAGAAACUGGUAGGAACCAUGGUUUAUGAGCCGUUUGUUCUAACGCGCUGCAAGUCGGAGCCGAUGAGGUCAGCGGCUAAUCUUGCACCAGCACCAGAGGCUUGUUUUUGGAAGAAUCGGAAGCUGGAGCCGCAUCUUCCGGCUAGGAUUGGGGUUGGCGCGGCUGGGGUUGGGUACUAA